CUGCUGCGUUGCCGUUGUGAUGUUUUCGUUUGUUUUGUCGCAAAGCGCUUGCCAUACUACUGCCGUAGAGCAAAUUAGAAACUGUCGUAACAACGCAGAAGCAGAGGUCACGACACGGGGUCCAGUAUGGGAGGUGACCAUGGCCACAGCAAGAUGUCCAUGCCAGACUGGCAGCAAUGGAAGACAAAGGGCACUCCACUGGAGUUUACACAGCAAAGACUGGCAGCCAGGGGCCUCAAUGACCCAUGGGCCCGAAAUGAGGCAUGGAGGUAUGCGGGUGGCUUUGCGCGUGCUGUGACUCUGUCCGACGUACUGCUGAGAGGAUUCAAGUGGGGCUUUGCUGCCUUUACUGUUGCUCUGGCUGUUGAGUAUGCCUUUUUUCCACCAAAGAAGGGUUCCCACUAAUGCACAUUGUAAUCCCCACUCUUGUCCCCAAUACACCGUCUUUGAUUCCAGUGCUAUUCUGAAUUCAUUUAUUAACUAAAAGUCUCUUUGCUCACUA